AUGGCCACGGAGAUCGUUGCCUUCAUCCUGAACAUAUCUGGAUGGAUCCUGGUCUGCUCCACGUUGCCUACUGAUUACUGGAAGGUGUCCUCCGUGGAUGGGACGGUCAUCACCACGGCGACCUUCUGGUCCAACCUGUGGAAGACCUGCGUCACGGAUUCUACAGGAGUGUCCAACUGUAAAGAUUUCCCCUCCAUGCUGGCUCUGGAUGUUUGUCUCUUUAUCUCGCUCUCCCUCACACCCACCCACACACAUCCACACACAUCCACACACACCCACCCAGUGUAUAUCCAGGUGUGUCGGGGCCUGAUGAUUGCGUCUGUGUGCCUGGGGUUCUUUGGAGCCACCCUGGCCCUGAUGGGAAUGAAGUGUACCAGGAUCGGAGGCUCAGAGAGCACCAAGGCCAGACUAACAGGCCUCUCAGGCCUUCACUUCAUACUCAAUGGGCUUUGCUCCUUGACUGCAUGCUCCCUGUACGCACACAGGAUCACAUCAGAGUUCUUUGACCCACUCUUUUUUGCUCAAAAGUUUGAGCUGGGCGCAGCGCUCUUCAUCGGCUGGGCUGGCUCGGUGCUCUGCAUUUCAGGUGGACUCAUAUUCUGCCUCUCCUUGUCAGAGGGCUUCAGUCGAGCAGAGUGCUCCUACAGUGGUGGUACGUCUAUGGUAACCAAGCGUCACAAACCCGGCAAGUCUGCCAACAGUUUCUACAAAUCGCCAGUUUCCACAGACCCCCGAGACCCAGCAGAACACUCAAGGCAGUUUGGAAAGAACGCCUAUGUGUGA